AUGCUCCGCCAGGCUGUUCGAGGAGGGGCUCAAUGGUACCACGCGGCCCGCAGCCCGUCGAUUGCCCGGCGCACCUUUAGCGCUGUGAGUGCGCGUCGUCUCGAUUUUGGCGGGCCGAACGAUAAGGUCACUUUCUACGAACAAGAGAAUCCCUCGAGCAAGAAGCGACGGAAGGUCGAUCCGGAAGCCGAAGAUAAUGAGGAGCGCAAGGAAGUUGAGAGUGAACUGUCGAAGCUCCAGGAGGAGCUCAAGACACUAGAGAAAGGCCCCUUCACCCCCGAUGGUGAAUUUAUCCAGAGUCUACCGGAGGAGGACCGGAAGAUUGCGCUAGAGGCCCUACGGAAAUACGAAGCAAAUCGAGGUCCAUUGGAGCCACAGCCCUCGCUGGACGAUGUCUUUGACGAAGAGCUGGAUAAUAUGCUGAAGGAGGAGUUCGAGGGUCUUGCGCUGGAACAAGAGAACUGGCAGGACAGCGCCAGAGUGCGACGAAAAGUGGCUCCGCGGAAGACUUCGCAGGGUCUGCUUGCAGAUGCAGAAGCAGCAUCCCAUCCCUACGUCAUCCGAUUUAAGGAGAAUUUGCGCCGCUUUACGCCAAAGGCAUCGGAUGAUCGGGCGAGGCAGGAGCUGUGGAAAUCAUACCGCCGGUGCAAGCAGAACAUCCCGGACUUUUUGAAAUCGCUUACCCCAGAGAUGCUGAAUUCAAUUUGGGAGUCACAAGCCACAGCACAGUCAGCCAAGUCCACACGAGCAAGACACCUCCAGACCCUCGCCGAAGACAUGAAGUCAAUUGAAAGGCCUCUCGCCAUCCCCCAAAUCCUUUCCUACAUCGAAGCCCUACAUGAAGGCGGUGCGAUCAGCCAGGCAUUAGAACAAUGGGAGGCUUAUCAAGCGGAUCUGUCGCAGAAAAAGGAAGACCUCGAGGAGUACUGGAUGCUGGGCGUCCGACUGUUUGCGGCUGAGAACAACCCCCAACGCGCCCAAGACAUCGCAUUGGCAUUCCUCGUCAAUGACAGGUCCCGCCAACCGCGUGUCCUCAUUCCAGUGAUUACGGCAUGGGGUAGAAUGCCCGGGAAAGAUGCAGAGGUGAAGGCGUGGGCGCUGUAUCUACAGCUCAAGACAUUCCUGGGGCCAAACAUGACCAUGGAGGACUAUGACCAAGUCAGCAUCGGUCUCCUCACGGCUGGCCGGUCAGACAUGGCUGUUGCUGUCUUCAAAGAUAUGAUGGUGACAGGCCAAGACCCAGCCAACGAUUCAACGGCCCUGUAUCAAGCAGCCCUCGGUCUCGCAGGGAGCCUGCAAGCUUCUAGCAUCGACGAGCAAGCUGUGAAUAGAGUGUCAUUGUCUGUGCUCACGAUGCUACCCCGCCGAUUCCAUAAUCGGUUCUUCUACGCCAGCUGGAUGAAGAAGCUCAUCGGAAUGGGCGAGGUCGACUCAGCCGCAAUGGUGAUCGAGCUGAUGUAUGAGAGAGGGGUGAAGCCAGACGCCAAGCAUCUCAAUGGUGUCAUGGCAGGCUGGCUCCGCGAGGGCAAUGCAAGCGCCAGAGACAAAGCAGAGCGACUAGGCUGGGCCAUGAUCCAGCACCGAAUCGAUGUCGCGUGGAAACGGUUCCAGCCAGUUGAGACAUCUCCUCAGAUUCAGGUCAAGCAUCAAGCGAUCGAGUCAACCCGCAUGCCCAAAUUUUUGCAACGAGAAGUACCCCCGGCAAGCAUCGAGACUUUCUCUAUUCUUCUCCUUCACUACACCCGCCGUGGAGACGAUGACAUGGUCAAGUACCUCGCCAAGUGCCUCAGCGACGCACAUAUUCAGCCAAACUCCUAUUUUAUGAACCACCUCCUCUACGCCGAGCUACGAAAGCAAGAUAUCCGCUCGCUAUGGGCCAAAUUCGAGAAGAUGUCUACCAACAUCCGGCCUGACCUUGAAACCUUUGCGUGUCUUUGGGACUGUGCGAAGCUACAAUACGACCGUGGCCGCACUGCAUUCGACCCCGGAUUCCCAACUGCGCGACAGCUGUACACGCAUAUGGCGCAAUGGUACUCUCAGCUCUCUUCGCGGGCACAAAAGAGUACCAGAGAGCAGUUCACCAAGGAUUUGUAUGACCAGAUUGUUCGGUGUUUCUGUCUGUCGAAGGAUCUUUCCGGUACACUAGUUGCACUGCACUCAAUGCACGCGACGUUCGGCUAUGCCCCUGACGACAUCACUGCUCGCUUAAUCGUUCUGCAAGUCGCACGUCUCGCGGGAGUGCCGGCUGACACCCCAAAGCGCCGGCUCCGCCGUCUGUCCUCCACUCCGCGGAGCAAGGAAAACAUCAGCCAGGUCAGCCGGCUACUGGAGAUGCUCGGAGAACGCAAAUCACUAGCUCUGAAAGCGCAUGGCCUGGGUAUCGAGCAGCUUGAUCCACACGAGAAACAGCAGUACCAGCUCGAGGUUAUGGCUAGUUUACUGCGUAUUGUGCUGAGCCGGACUGGGGGUUUGGAUCCCGUCCAAGUUGAAGCGAAUCUUGCGCAGGCUGCAGCUGAGAUGCAAAUGGAAGGCAUCGAUUUGGGAUCUCCUCUGGGAGUGGAUGAUAGCAAGUUGCUAUAG